AUGGAAAUAUUAAAAAUAAGUUUAGACUUAGGUGACGGUUAAGUUGAGGACAUAAUCAUUCAUGAUGACGAUUCUCCAACAGAUCUCGCUCACAAUUUCUGCUUGAGGCACAAUCUCAAUCAUGAAAUGUUCGAAAUUCUUUAGAAUUAAUUCAGGGCUAAAAAGGAUUCAGUUAAAUAGACCUAUUAUAAUAGAGUAUUGAGUCAAAAUCAUAGUAAAAUAAAUAACAACUAGGGUAGUAGUUAUAACUUCUAUCAGUAAAUAAAUACUAAUCGUAAUUAGUCAACCACUUAGAGGAAUCAUAGCACUGAUUAGCAAUAAGAUAGUUAAAUAUCACCAUUAAAAGAAGAAUAUUUAGAAAAUAACAUGGAUGAUGAGGAAGGAGAUGUUUUGUCAGAUGACUAAGACAAUUUAGCUCCUCAUGGGAACAACAGCAAAAAUAUCAAUAAGUCGAAUAGUAAUAAUAGAAGUGUGACACCCACUAAAUCUUAGAGUACAAUCUCUAAUAACAGAAAUAUCAAAACUUAAAGAUAAGGAAAUCAGUCUCAAAACUAAGAUAGUAAUUAUAAUGCUGGGAUAAGACUCUAUUUAAAGGGUGUCAAGAAAUAAGAAGAACUGACAAGACAAGCCUAGGAGGCUAAAGUACUUUAAGAGGUGAAGGAAUAUGAAGGGCUGACUUUUCAGCCAUAGCUUCAUACUAAAAAAAGUAAAUAGUUUGUUAGAAAUGGAAAGCCUGAAGAUUUCCUGAUAAAUUAUGGUAGAUUUAUUUAAGAAAAGCAUGCGAAAUUACGUAAAGAAUAUUAGUAUUAACAAGAAAACUUUGAUUUCAAACCCAAGAUAAACAAUAAAUCAAAGAGAAUUGAUUAGGAAAAAUCGAUGUAUGCUGAGGAAAAUGUUGAAACUUCUUCAUUUGGGGGAAAUAUGAAUGAUAUCAGUAUAAAUCAGAAAGACAGAUUUAGUGAAUUAUAUGAGGAUGGAUUAAAGAAAAAGCUGAGGCAAUUAAUUGCGAAGAGAAGAAUAAGCUCAGGUGGUAAUGAUAGUAAAGAUAACAUUGGCUCACCAGAAAGAUAAGAUUUAAAUUAAUAGCAUAAAAGAGACACUAGUCAAACUGUAUUUGACAGAAUGUAUGAUCAAGCAUAGAAUAAAAAGUAGAAGCUGUCUAUGAUACAGCAUAUACAUUAAUAGAAUAUUGAUAAAUAAACAGGAAAGCCAUUAUUCAGACCUUAAACUGGAAGAAGCCCUAUCUCAAGACCUGCUGAUAAUGGAUAAAACAUUGGGGAUCAUUUAUAUUAGCAAUACCAUAAACAAUAGGAAAAGAAGUAAAAAUAGCAAGAGUUGCAUAUGAUAUAGAUUAAAGAUAUGCAUAAAAAGAGUCAGACAAAUAAUAAAGUGUCAUCAUAAAUUGUUGAAUAAAAAUAAAGAACAAAACUUGGUGAAAUAUUCGAUGUCUUUGAUUCAGAUAAUGACGGCUAAAUAUCAUCAAAGCGGAUUGACAUUUCUAAAAUUAAUGCAGAUGUUUUAGAAAUACUUUCCCCUCUACUAAUUGAAUUAGAACAUAUAGGCGAGACUCUUGAUAGAUUGGAAUUUAUAGAUUCAGCUUUAGCACUCUAUUAGACCUUAAAUGUCCACUAGAGAAAUUAGAUCUUAAAGUUUUCUCUUAAAAUUCAAAAAUGA